AGUCCUUGUUCGCUUUGCAGGCGCGUGCAUCUCCCGCAGUCACUCAGCUAGUCUUUAUCAUGUAUGACAUCCAUGCUCCGCAGUUUUUCCUGUCUCUAUUUCUCAUCUGUUUCGGAGUGAAGGCGAUGACUGCUCAUUCCGGUUAUGACACGGACUUUGUUGACAUGGUGAUACCUGUGGUGCUUUCUGGACAGGAGACUCACCUGUUGCAGGACUCACCAGGGCGCAGCAUGCGUCUGCGCAGACGACGUUCCGUCGUUUCCCCUGAUGAACUAAACUCUGUGGAUGACACCUUAUUUAUUUCUUUACCUGCGUUUGGAAGACAACUGUACUUACAGCUGAAAAGGGACGCUUCUUUUCUAUCUGAGGAGUUUGUGGUCGAGGAGAGGGGAGGCGAUUGGUUGCUACCUAAACGGUCACGGCUAGCCAUUGACCCGCGCUGCUUUUACUCGGGAUGGAUUGUCAACCACACAGAGUCUUCUGCAUCCAUCAACACCUGCGGUGGUUUGACUGGACUGGUCCAUACAGGAGAUGAUAGUUUCUUCAUCCAGCCUGUCGGUGUUUUCAGGGGUCCUGGAGACUCCUUCUCCGGGCUGCAGCACAGGGUGGUCCGACACCGACGCUCAGCCAAGACCAGCCCUCCGUCUGUUCCUCCCCAUGGAUCCUUGGCUGCAGACCGGCCGUCCAAGACCAGCCCUCCCUCCCUCAAGAACUGUGGCACCAUUUCGGGGAGGAAGAAGGAGAAGAGGCAGAAGGGGACGGAGGAUGGCCGCGGUAGGAGGGCCGUGAUCCGUCUGAAUGGGGUGUACACGGUGGAGACGGUGGUGGUGGCCGAUUCGGACAUGGUGCAGUACCACGGGGCAGAGGCGGCGCAGAGGUUCCUGCUCACCGUCAUGAACAUGGUGUACAACAUGUUUCAAAGCAAGAGUCUGGGCGUCCAAAUCAACAUCCGGGUCACUAAGCUGGUCCUUCUACAUAAACGCCCGGACAAGCUGAAUGUGGGUCACCAUGGAGAACGGUCUCUGGAGAGCUUCUGUCAGUGGCAGUGGGAGGAGUAUGGUGGGCCUCGUUACCUAGGCAAUAACUACGUGCCGGGGGGCAGGGACGACAUCCCACCUGUGGACACGGCCGUGCUCGUCACCAGGACUGACUUCUGCGUGCACAAAGAUGAGCCUUGUGAUACCGUGGGUAUUGCCUAUCUAGGAGGGACGUGCAGCUCCAAGAGGAAGUGUGUUCUUGCCGAGGACAACGGACUCAACCUGGCCUUCACCAUCGCCCAUGAACUGGGACACAACAUGGGGAUGAGCCACGACGACGACCACGCCACCUGCACAGGCCACUCCCACAUCAUGUCUGGCGAAUGGGUGAAGGGCCGCAACCCCAGCGACCUGUCAUGGUCCCCCUGUAGUCGUGAUGACCUGGAGAAGUUCCUAAGGUCCAAGGCCAGUGGUUGCCUACUCCACACAGACCCCAGAAGUCGUUACCAGGUCCGGCUGCCUCCCAAGCUGCCAGGCAUGCACUACAGUGCUGACGAACAGUGUCAGAUCCUGUUCGGAACUAAUGCCACCUUCUGCAAUGACAUGGAGCACCUGAUGUGCACUGGCCUCUGGUGUCUGGUUGAAGGAGACACUUCCUGUAAGACUAAGCUGGACCCCCCUCUGGAUGGCACGGAGUGUGGAGCUGACAAGUGGUGUCGGGCAGGGGAGUGUGUGAGUAAGACUCCCAUUCCGCAGCAUGUGGAUGGAGACUGGAGCAUCUGGAGCCAGUGGAGUCACUGUAGCCGAACCUGUGGCACUGGAGCCCAGUUCAGACAGAGGAAAUGUGACAACCCUCCGCCAGGUCCCGGGGGUCGAAACUGUCAGAAGGCCAGUGUGGAACAUAAGGUGUGUGAAGGCCCUCCGUGCCCUCCAGGAACCCCCUCCUUCAGAGAGCUGCAGUGUCUGUCCCACGAGCGCCAGGCCACAGGAAAGAAGACCAGCAACCUGUGGACGGCUGUCAGUAAUGAUGAGAAGCCGUGUGCCCUGUACUGUACGCCUGUGGGGAGAGACACCCCUGUCCUGGUGUCAGAGAGAGUGAUGGAUGGGACACCAUGUGGUUCCUAUGAGUCAGACCUGUGUGUCAACGGAAGGUGUCAGAAAAUUGGCUGCGAUGGCAUCAUUGGCUCCUCAGCCAAGGAGGACCGCUGCGGGGUUUGUAACGGAGAUGGACACUCCUGUAAGAUAAUUAAGGGAGACUUCAACCACACCAAGGGCAUGGUCAACUCUAGCCAGUGUAAGAGGGUUUCUACGUGUGUGAUGGCUAAACCAAAGGCUGUUCCCAAGUGUUUCUCAUGUUACAUUGAGGCUGCAGUCAUCCCUGUUGGUGCUCGGCGAAUCAAAGUUGUGGAGGACAAGCCGUCACACAGCUUUCUGGCAAUGAAAGAUUCUUCUAAGAGGUCCAUCAACAGCGACUGGAAGAUUGAGCUUCCUGGAGAGUUCCAGCUGGCAGGCACCACGGUGCGCUAUGUCCGGAGAGGACUCUGGGAGAAAAUGUCUGCCAAGGGACCCACCAAAACCCCGCUGUACCUCAUGGUACUGUUGUUCCACGAUCAGACCUACGGCAUCCAUUAUGAGUACACAGUGUCUCUGAAUGUAACUGAACUGGAGAAUGUCAGUGAGGAGCAGAGAGAGCCAGAGCACCUCUACCUUUGGACGCACAGCUCCUGGCAAGACUGCAGUGUGCAGUGUGGAGGAGGUGAGAGGAGGACAGUGGUUUCCUGUGUGAGGUUUGUCAAUAAGAGCAUGAUCCCUGUGAAUGACAGUCACUGCCACCCAGAGAACCGGCCGUUACCUCAAGUACGUCCCUGCAACCUCCACCCCUGCCAAUACAGGUGGGUGACUGCAGAGUGGAACCAGUGUUCGGUGACGUGCGGCAAGGGGCUGCAGCUGCGCGAGGUGGGCUGUGUUUACCAGUUACAGAACGGCUCUCUCAUCCACACCCAGGACCGGUACUGCCAGGGGGGCAAGCCACCCGCCCUGCAGGGGUGUGAGGGACGCCACUGCCUCACCAUCUGGGAGGCCUCCGAGUGGUCCACGUGCUCCUCAGACUGUGGCACCGGGGUCCGUAAGAGGACAGUGACCUGCACCAACCCCCAGGGGCGCUGUAACCCGUACUCUCAGCCUGCCGACCAGGAAGCUUGUGAGGACCAGUCCAAAUGCUACGAGUGGAAGACUGGGGAUUGGUCCAAGUGCUCGUCAUCCUGUGGGAAAGGCCUGCAGUCCAGAGUGGUUCAGUGUAUGCACAGAGUGACGGGUCGCCACGGCAACGACUGCCCUGCCCUAUUUCGACCUCCUACCUACCGGCCCUGUCACCAAGAGGCCUGCAACGAGAAAGUCAAUGUCAACACCAUCACCUCACCAAGAUUAGCUGCUCUGACAUACAAGUGUACGGGGGACCAGUGGACUGUGUACUGCCGUGUGAUCCGGGAGAAGAACCUGUGUCAGGACAUGAGAUGGUACCAGCGCUGCUGUGACACCUGCAGGGACUUCUACGCCAACAAAACACCCCGCCAGAGUUAAUGGUCGCGGCGCUCACUCACGCACACCGCAGACAGACGCACAGGACGUGCGCGCGCACACACACACGCUUUGCCCCGAGUGACAGGACUCCAGACGUCUUGGUAACACUUAACUUAUAGCCUGCGGGUAUGUUUCUAAUACCUUGUAGCA